CAAGGUCAUUUCUGUCAGUCAGCUGCGGUGUUUUGCAGCUGUAGAGAAGAAUUAAAUAUUUUAUCUAGUAUCGUGUAAGCGAACCAGAGUAGCCGCAUCAAAAUGGCUCAAGCGAUAAAGAAAUUAGCUGUUCAAGUGCUUAACAAAAACAACAAUGUGGAAGUUAUAAUGAAUUCGACAGCUCUUAGGGCGAACAGCCACUGGUGGAGCAAUGUUCAAAUGGGCCCUCCAGAUGUCAUCCUUGGCAUCACAGAGGCCUACAAAAGGGACACAGACUCAAGGAAAGUAAAUCUUGGUGUAGGAGCUUACAGAGAUGAUGAUGGAAAACCAUUUGUACUUCCAUCAGUUAAGAAGGCUGAAGAGAUUGUCCACAAGAAAGGCUUGAACCACGAAUAUGCCCCAAUUGGUGGGGAAGCCACAUACACAGACCUUGUGGCCAAGCUUGCAUUUGGAGAAGACUCGCAGGUUAUCAAAGACAAGACAAACUGCACUGUGCAGACAUUGUCCGGUACUGGUGCGCUCCGCCUUGGCCUCGAAUUCAUCACGAAGCACUAUGCCAAGACGAAGGACAUCUGGCUGCCUACCCCCACGUGGGGCAACCACCCCCAGAUCUGCAACACACUGGGACUACCCCACAAGAAGUACCGCUACUACGACCCCAAAACCCAUGGCUUCGACGUUAAGGGGGCUAUUGAAGAUAUCUCCAAAAUCCCAGAGGGCUCGAUCAUUCUGCUACAUGCGUGUGCGCACAACCCUACCGGUGUGGACCCAAGGCCCGGCGACUGGGCCCAGUUGUCUGGCGUGAUCAAAGAAAGGAAACUGUUCCCAUUCUUCGACAUGGCGUACCAGGGCUUCGCGACAGGGAAUGUUGACAAUGACGCGGCGGCCGUGCGGCUGUUCGUCAAAGAAGGCCACCAGGUCAUGCUUGCUCAGAGCUUCGCUAAGAAUAUGGGUUUGUACGGCGAACGCGCCGGUGCAUUGACCUUCCUCUGCGGCGACCCGGAGUCCGCCGCCAAAGUGAUGUCGCAGGUCAAGAUCAUGAUCCGCACCAUGUACUCCAACCCCCCGCUCUACGGCGCGAGGCUCGUCACCGAGAUACUAUCCAACCCGGAGCUCAAGAAACAAUGGUUGAGCGACGUAAAACUGAUGGCCGACCGCAUCAUAUCGAUGCGCAGCCAGCUGCGCGCCGGCAUCGAGAGCGCCGGCAACAAGCAGAGCUGGCAACACAUCACCGACCAGAUCGGCAUGUUCUGCUUCACCGGUCUCAAGCCCGAACAGGUUGAAAGACUUACGAAGGAAUUCCACAUUUACCUGACAAAGGACGGGCGCAUCUCAGUCGCCGGCAUUUCCUCUAAAAACGUCAACUACAUUGCCGAAGCCAUGCACAAAGUCACCUCCACUUUACAUGAAAAAUAAAGUAAAUAUAUUUUAUUGUUAAAAUAAAUAGUCCUAAAGCAUAUCUGCGUGGGGCUUUACAUUGCAUAUUUAUGUGAUAGGAAUAUAUUCUUAAUAAUCCUAUCUUAUACUUUUUGGUUAUUUUUUUAUUGUGUUAUAUAUUAAAAUCCAAUUUUAUUUAAUGCGUAAGUGGGUUACAAAAUUGCACGCUAGUCGUCACAAGCAAGAGUAUUUAUUCUUCAAAUAUAUUUAAACUGAAGAAGUAAAUUAAACAAUUAUGUAUCAAGUGUUCAUACACUUGAUACAUAAUUGUUUAUUUUUUUUGCAAAACCGCAAGACACAUAGUUACUCUUUAUGUUUAUAUUUAUUUAAGUAAUAUCAUAAUCGUGUAUCGUUAAGAUUUAUCUGUUUCGAAACUGCUUUUUUUAAGAAAUACAUUUAUAUAUAUUUUUGUUUUA